AUGGCUCCUCAAAAACAUGUCGUAUUCGACGUCGUCGGCACCUGCGUCUCAUACGACGCCAUAGUCCUCGCUCUCGAGGACCGUCUCGGCGAGCGGCUGCGUGCCGAGUGCAUCAAGCCCAAGCUCCUGAGCUACGCGUGGAUCGAGGCGGCCGAGCGCGAGUACACAUAUCUCAGCAUAUCAGGGCGCUACGUUCCUUUCCAUGACGUCUUCGAGUCGCUAUUCUACCGUAUGCUCUGGAUGGCCGGCAUCGAGGAGCCUCGCAGGUUCGCCACCGACGACGAUCUCGGCUACGUUCUCGAGCAGUUCAAGAAUCUGCAGGCCCGCCCUGGCGUGGCCGAAUGCUUCGAGCUCCUGCACGAGGCCGGAUUCACCUGCUGGGCUUUCACGGCCGGCGACGCCGUCCGUGUCCACGGCUACUUCACCCGCAAUGGGAUCGAGAUGCCCGUCGAGAACCUGAUGUCUUGCGACAGUCUCGGCAUCGGAAAGCCUUCGCCUGAGUCGUAUCGUCCACUGUUGGACCGGUUCGGCAAGGAGGAGGCGUGGUUUGCCGCCGCUCACAUGUGGGAUGUGUCCGCCGCCAGGUCAACAGGUUUCAAAGGCGCAUAUUGCACUAUCUGGGAGAAGGAGCCCUGCACUGACUUGUUUGGUGAGAUGGAUGUCAUGGCUGAUGACUUUGUGAGCAUGGCCAAGGGUAUCAUCGCGGCAUCCGCAACAGCGGAUUGA